CUUUAUACUGUAGACAGCACAAGUAAUAAACCUGAAUUACUAAUACAGUGGUUUUGUUGUAUUCAACUUUUGAGGCGUUAAUGUCAACUUAACCUAGGUCAAACAAAUAUAAUUAUUGUCAUCUUCAACCUAGACCGUAAACAGGAAGUGAGAAGGCGCUCUGGAGACGAGGGGAGCUUUGGUGAGGAGGAGUGCGCUUCUCCGUGAGUGUUCCUGGAUAAACACUUUCACUUGAAAGUCGCAGCUACAUAAUUGUUUUCUUCCAAGUAGUCAUUGUGAUAUUAGUGCUGUCAUGUCUUUCACCUCCCUCAGGUCAGAAUGAGUAAGGAGAACCUCAGCGACUGGCCCCUUUCCCAUACCUCUGCAGAGGAGGAAGAGGAGGAGGAGGAAGAUGAUGGGGAGCUCAAGGUGUGUCAGGUGUGUGGAGAUCGUGCUACAGGCUAUCACUUCAACGCCAUGACAUGUGAGGGCUGCAAGGGCUUCUUCAGGCGUGCCAUGAAGCACCCCACUAAGUUCUGCUGCCCGUGGCAGGGUGUCUGUGUCAUCACCAAGAACAACCGCCGCCAGUGCCAGGCCUGCCGACUCCGCAAAUGCCAGUCCAUAGGCAUGAUGAAAGAGUUGAUCAUGACAGACGAGGCUGUAGAGAAGAGGAGGAGUCAGAUCAGGAGGAAGAGGAUGGUUGAAGAGCCCCUCCUCUCGCCACAACAGGAAGCUGUCAUACAGGAACUGGUCAACACGCAUGAAAAGACCUUUGACAUCACCUUUUCCCACUUCCAGUUCAGGCCCAUCGACAGAGACCUCAACCCCAUGUCUGUGUGGAAUCAGACUGCCAGCGGGCAAAGUGCAACACUGACUAGAAGAAUGGAUAACUUGUCGUCCUCUUACUCCACUUCCACCCCCACCAGCUUCUCCUCUUCCUCCUGUUCUUUUGAGGGGGAGGAAAAUGAGAAUGAGAAGGAGGACAGGAGUGAUAGAGGGAAGAAAACAGUUUUCACCACUCUGCCCCAUGUAGCUGACCUUACCACCUACAUGAUCCAGAACAUUAUCAACUUUGCCAAAGGACUCCCCUCCUUCAGGGCCCUGGCCAUAGAUGACCAGAUCUCUCUGUUGAAGGGGGCUAUGUUUGAGAUGAUGCAGAUCCGCUUCAACAUGAUGUUCAACGUCAAGACGGGCAUCUGGGAGUGUGGUCCCCUGACUUACUGCAUGGACGACGCUGUCCGGGCUGGGUUUCAGCGCCACCUGCUGGACCCUCUGAUGCGGUUCCACUACACCCUGAGGAACCUACAGCUGCAGGAGGUGGAGUAUGUUCUCAUGCAGGCCAUCUCCCUCUUCUCUCCAGAUCGUCCGGGUGUGAUCCAUCAUGGUGUGAUUGAUGGUCUGCAGGAGAAGGUGGCUAUCGCACUGAAGGUCCACAUCGACUCCAAGAGGGCCAAGCCUGAGAAACACCUGCUGUACCCUAAGAUUCUGGCGUGUCUGACAGAGAUGAGGACUAUGAAUGAGGAGUAUACCAAACAGGUACUGCAGAUUCAGGACAUCCAGCCAGGCAACUCAUUUGACCCACUCAUCCUGGAGGUGGUCAGCAAGGACUCCCGAGCAAGGACCCCCAGCAGGGACGCCUAAAUCACUUUCCGACAGGUUUCAACAAGGACACCUAGGGAGAAUCUCAAUUACAUACUCCUCGCAUCUUCU